AUGCUAUGUUGGAGGGUACAGGGUAGGCAGCUUAGACUUGGUCGUUUUGAGAGCUGCCAGCGUUCAGGGCGGCUACAGGGUAGGCAGGUUUGGCCCGGUCGUUUCGAGGGCUACGAGCCAGCUGGGACGGCAGCUCGAGCCGCCACGGGGUGCCCAGCGUCCGGCGAGUUCAUCUGGCCAGUCGCAGAGGCUGUCUGGGAGACGGUUCAGGAGAUAUUCACUCGUGAGUCGAUUUUUAAAUUUCCCAUACAAAUGAAUUUUGCGGAAAAUCAAAAGUGGCCCACGAGCCCGGUCUGGCGAGGAGCCGUCCAAAACAGCCUCGGCGGGUACAUGAGAGACAACCUUGGCCCGGCCAGGGUCCAAGGCGCGCCGCAGGGUAGGCUUCUAGAUAAGAGGCGUGGGAAAGGCGUGGUUGUUCUUUCUGUAGAAGUUUCUGAAGAGUUGCCUCGAGAGUUUCCCCGAGAAGCUGAGCUGGAUUGGAAUCUGCCAGUCUGGCUCGGGCUCUGGGCUUGGGGGGAUACAGGGUAG